AUGGUGUCCUUCAAGGCAAUUCUCACCCUCUCCCUGAUUGGCGCUGCAUUUGCAACCCCCAUUGAACAGCGAGCUGCAGAGCCCGUUGAAGACUCUGGCGCAGUUGCAAAUUCCCCUGAAGGAAGUGGCAUGGACCUCGGAGGAACAGACCCAACUGCAGAUGCCAUUGAGGAGCGCGGCCUGCUUGUGAGAAACAUCCUUCGUCAGCUACUCAAUAACAAACAGUCAGGACUGACAAUUAUAUCCAGCACGUCCAAUGCCAUAACGUGGCUCUCCCGGCCGCCGCGCAGGGGCAGGUCUCUCCGCGAGUACCCGGUCUUCCAGCAGCACCAUAAAGUAUACAACUAUAACUCUCGCCCCAAAGAGAACCCUGGCCCCUUCCGCCUCAUUGCUACUAAGGACAGCCGACAUUUCUGCGGCAUCAUCUCUCAUGAUGGAAUUGGUCACAAUCCAAACGCUGGACUCUUCCACCUCUGCAAGUAG